UAUGGGUUUCAAUCCUUGAAGUUACUGUAAUGCAAAAACUAAGCUCACUAGUAUCUAUUCUGUGCAUCUUGAUUUCUUUCAAGAACCAACUUGCAGAUACCAAGAAAUCCUUCAGCUCCAUAAACUCAAGUCCUUCUUCUUCUACACUACCUUCGGGUUAUUCUCCGGCCCUUCAGCGUCUGGAGCUACAUUCUUGCCCAUGGAGGACGAGAAUCUUGACAAUUCUUUUCGUGGUCUAGAGUACGAUUUCUAUCGGGAUUCGUGCCCCACAGCUGAGGAGACUAUUCGAGCUGUCGUUCGGCAUCUCUUCGAAGUCCGCUCUGAUGUUGCUUCCGCUUUGGUCCGCCUUGUUUUCCAUGAUUGUUUCAUUGAGGAAUGUGAUUCUUCAAUUUUAUUGGACGCUGCUGAAGAAAUCGACUUGGAGAAAGAUUCUCCUCCGAAUGAUAAUCUAAAGGUUUUUGAUAUAAUUGACGAAGAGCUUAAAGAAAUAUGCCCCCGCGUUGUUUCUUGUGCUGAUACACUUGUUUUGGCAGCAAGAGAAUGUGUUGUUCUGGUUGCUUUUCCGUUCUAUCCACUGUACACUGGUAGGAGAGACAGUUUGAUUGCUUUCUCAGAUGUUGCAACAUUUGAGCUUCCUUCACCCCAAGCAGAUCUGUCAGAAACCCUCGCGGCUUUCAGCUCCAGGGUCUUUGAUUUGAGAGAAACUGUUAGUCUCUUGGGUUCUCACAGCAUUGAAGUAAUCCACUGCAAAUUCUUCCAAGACCAUCUCAACAGCUUUGGCAGGACUAACAAGUCUGAUCCAUCUGUAGAUCCUGAUUUCCUCAACCGAGAUCAUGGUGCAGGAACACUUCAUCGGCUUCAUCAACUCCCUGACCUUCCCUAG